AUGAUUACUUCUGUUUAUCAUUGUAAUAUUUUUCGAAAUAAAUCAGAUCAACAUUUAUCUACUGGAUGUCUUCAAUUAUCUGGUUUAGUUAUUCGUGGUCAUGCAAUGCUUUCACAUGAAGGUUUACCACCUGAACGUGAAACACUUGAAUAUGCAUGGCAAAUGGAAAUUAUACUUGGUAAAAUAUCAGCUCGUGUAACAACAAUUCAAAUAGAAAAAUUUAUUUGUUUUCUGAAAAAUUUUUAUUUACAAAUCAUGGAAGAUGAAUAUACACUUGUACGUUCACCUGUUAUUGAUAAAGCAAAAUGGAUUGAAAAACUUAAAUAUGAUGUUCUUCGAUUCAGUUUGGAUUCAAUUGAUCUUAAUCUUGUUGAAGUUGGUAAUGCUCUUAAUGUACAGGUUGCACCUAUUCGUUUAUGUAUGUGUAAUAUGCAUACAAUAUCUUGUAAUGAAAGUUUAACAUUAAAAAUUGGUACAAUUCAAAUUCGACAAUUAUUACGUCUCUAUCCAAGUUCAUGGUUAGAAGCUGGUUCAAUAUAUAUACCUGAAUUACGUAUAAAUGCUAAAUUUGAUUGUCAUCCACCAACAUCAUCGAAUGUAAAUGAACAAUUAGAAUUUCUUCGUCGACAUGAUCAACAUUCCCAACGACUUCAUUUUCUUUAUAAUAUUAAAUCACAACAAACAUUAAAUUUACCAUCAACAACAACAAAUAUAAAACGUCCAUCAAAUGUUGGUUUAUCAACAAAUUCAAAUAUAUUAUCAUGUGCAUGUUUAGGUGGUUCAUCAAAUUAUUAUACACUUGUACAAGGUGAACAAUUUUUUAAAAAUACAUUUCGUCUUAGUGAACAAUCAUCAUUUGGACGUUCAUUAUUUCGACCUGAUUUAUAUGUUAUACAAUCACAUUCAAUAUUUGAACAUAAAUAUAAUUGGAAUAUAUAUGAAAAUAUAACAUUAUCAAAUGAUGAAUUAGAUGAUGAAGAAAUUUUUUAUCCAUUUGAUUUUUGUACACAAUCAAAACAAAUUAAUGAACAACAUAAUCAUUUAAAUGAUAAUGAAUUACGUCAUAGUUUACCAGCAGAUUUAUAUUCAUUAUCACGUACAAAUUCAGCACGAAAUACACAACAUAAAUCAAUUAUUGAUCAAAAUGAACGUAAACGUUCAUCAUCAUCAAUACCAUUACAUAAUACAGGAGGUUUAUCAACAACAACAACAACAACAACAACAAUGACAAGUGAUGAUUAUUUAACACCUGAUGAACAAUUAUCAUUACCACGUUCAAGUCAAUCAAGUAUUAAUUCAACAUUAAAUAAUACAAAUAAUAUUAUAGAAUCAUCAUCUUUAUCAUCAUUAACACUUAUACAACAUCAAUCAUCAACAAGAUCAUCAUUUAUACAAUCAAAUUCAAUUGACGAUAAAAUUUUAUUAACUGAUUCAUUACAUUCAUCAACAUCAUCGUCAUCAUCAUCAUCAUCAGAUUCUUUAACAGCUUUAGAAGAAAUACUUCAAAGACAACAAGCAAGACAUAGUUCAACAUUUUUAUCAUCUCAAAAAACUUCAGCAAAAUCUAAUUUGGGUACAUCAUCAUCAAUGGAACAUAAUUCUAUUCCUCAACCAUCUUUACCUAGUUCUUCAUGGAUUAGUUUACGUAAUCAAAUGAAAAUGCCUAUACCAAAAUCUACUCUUCUAUGUACAACAUAUAUUCGUUAUUUAUCUCAUUAUCAUUCAUCAACAUGGUCAAAUAAAGCAAUAUUUCCACCAAAUAUUCAACAAGAUCAAAAUGAUUAUCAUCCAAUACUUGAUUUUAAUUGUGUAUCACAAGGUUUUUCAUGUUCAUUUUUAUUUGAUACUUCACCAUCAACACAAUCAUUUACAACAUCACAAUCACGACAACAACAACAACAACAACAACAACAACAACAACAACAGCAACAACAACCACAACAGCAAUUAUCAACAUCAACAGGAACAACAAAUAAUCGACCACGUUUAUCACUUGCACCAACAAUAUCUCCAAUAAGUUCAUCAAACACAAUAGCAACAGAAAAAGAAAUAUGUCUUCGAUUUAUUGGUACAUUAAAUAUACUUUUAACACCACUUAUGCUUGAAUGUUUAACAACAUAUAUUGAAAAAUGGAAAACAUAUAAUAUUCAUCCAAUAUCUGUUCUUGAUAGUCUUCAUAUACAAGCUCAAACACAAUCAAAUCCUCCAAUAACAUCAAUUGAUUUAUCAUCAACAAAAAUUUCUUUACAAUUAUCAAAAAUAAAUGUCUGUUUAUUACAAGCUGGUUUAGCUGAAGAUAAUGUUCAAUUAACAGAAUUACGAACACCAGUUGAUAUUGUUACAAUGUCAUUAUUUGCAUUAUCAUGUAAACAAAUACAAAUGGAAACAAUUUUAUCUAAACAUGAUCAAUCAACAGCUGGUGUUUUUAAAAUUCAAUCAAUAACAGGACAAUUUCGUCGUUUUGAAAAUGAUUUUUCUUCAAUUGAAAAUGUUAAUAUACAUGCUAUACAAACACAACGUUGUCGUUUACAAUUUCGUUUAUCAAAUGAUAUUCAAACACAUUUACCUAUUGGAGAUAAGAAUAGAAAAAAUUUUGGUUUUGUUAUGAAUGAAUUUGGUUUACAACGUUUAUGUUUUAAAUUAAUCAAUAAUGCAGCUAAACAACAACAACAAAGAAAAUCAGUUUUACCAAAUAUGACACAAAUUGAUGAAACACAAACAACAAAAAUUUCAUCAAAACAUAAAUCAAAACGAAAACAAUCAACUGAACCUUCAAUAAUUCCAUCACCAUCAACAAACAUUCCACCAAUUGCAACUUCUUCUUCAAUCGUUCCAUUAUCAUCUAAUUCAUUAUCAAGUAGUAUAUUUGAUGGAUCAAUUGAUCAUGUAUGGAUAUCAUUUCCUGAACCUCCACAUCAUACACAUUCAACAUCAAAUUCAUCAAAACGUUUACGUACAAAUAUAACAAAUUCUACACAACAAAUUCCAACACCAAAAAAACUUUUUUCAUAUACACGUUAUGAUUGGAAUUUUCUUUCAACAUUAUCACCAACUGUUCUUGGUUGGUUUUGUGUUAUAAAUCGUAUACAAGAACCAAUAGAAAAUUUUCUUCAUAAACGUGAAAAACGUAUUGAUUCUAUAUUAGCUUAUUUUCUUAUUGAAACAAAACCUAUAUUAACAUUAUCACAAAGUAAAUUAUAUGAAUUAUUUACACCAAAAACAAAAUAUCUUUUAUCACAUCCUGUUUGUCAAAUUGUUAGUGAAUUUCGUAAAAAUUUUAAUAAAAAUACACAAAUUAAUAUUAAUUUACAAUCAAAUAUUAUUCCUGAAUUAACAAUACUUAAACAAGGUAUACGUGAAGCAUGUCGUGAUUGGGUUCAAAUAAUAAAACAACAACCACAUAAAACAAUUAUUCAACCACCAUCAUCAACAAUAACAACAUCACCUAUAAAUACUUUAUUACCAAUAAAUAAUAAUGAUCAAGAACAACUACCAACUGUUGCACGUGCAUCAACAAUGGUUGAUCGUGUUCAACGUUUUAUUGGACAUGAAUUUGUUACAACACAUCCACGUCGUUCAUUAAUAACAUCAAAUAAACAACAAGAUAAUAUAGAAAAUUUUACAAUAAAUGGUACAAAUAUUCGACGACGUAUGACAGUACAAAAUCCUCGAUCAAAUAUUAAUAAUAAAGAUUCUAUUAUUGAUAUGGAUCAUAAUGAACCAUCAUCAUCAAAUCGAGAACAUCGACGUGCAUCAAGUUUUCUAGUAUCAUCCAAAGGCCAUGUAAAUGUAGCAUUUCAAUCAGGUGAUGCUAUGCGACGUUUUGAACCAGCAGUUAAUAUUAAUAAUACAAAUGGUUAUAAACGUUUAAGUAUGGGUCAUGAUGAAUCUGAUUUAGAAUAUAAUACAAAUAAUAUACAAUUAAAUGAUAAUAAUCAUCAUGAUGAUACAUAUAAUGAAACAAUUUAUUAUACAGAUAUUGGAUCAGAAUUUACUGGUUCAAUUGAACAAUUAUUUAAAAUUUUACUUGAAUAUGCUGCUGUUGAAUUAUCUUUAACAUCAUCAAUUGAACCAUUAUUUAAAAAAUUAGGACAAAAAAUUCUUGCAUCAGCACAAAUUAAACGAUUUGAUGUUAAAAUUUUACCAAAUGAACCAACAACAAAUGAAAUACAAACAUUAAUUAAUCCAUUAUCAUCAUUAUUAUCACCAUCAAUAGUACAAUGUCGUUUAUCACAUAUACGUUCAUCAAAAUUAAAUACAUCAAAUGAAUUAUCUAUACUUUCAGUAACAAAUUUAAAUAUUCAAAGUUUAUGUAGACAAUCUCUUGAACAUGAUCAAUUACAUUCAGCUAAUGUUCAAGCUGGUAUACGUGUACAACGUGUACAACAAGAAGUUAAUUUAUCAUUUAUACGUCUUGUUUAUCAAUUUUAUACUGUUGUUGGUAAUGCACUUGAAUAUACAGGUAUUGAUGAAAUAACAAAAUCAGAUACAAAUCCAAUACAACAACAAAAUGAAUUAAUAAAUAAUUCUUUACAAAAAAAUAAUAUAAAUGAUUAUUCUGAGAAUGGUAUUGAAAAUUUAACUUUAAAAAAUUAUCUUCAUAUUAAUUCAAAUCAUAAUAAUGAAAAUUUAGAUAAUUCUGAAAGACAAUGUUGGAAAAAAUUACGUGAACUUGUUACAAUAUAUGGUACAUUACCUGAAAUAAAACAAAUACAACCAUUAUCUAUAUCAACAACAUCAAGAAAACAACAACGUAGUGGUUCACAACCACCAAAUGAUAAUUUAUCACAACAAAAUACAAAUACAACAUUAAAAUAUUUACAAAAUCAAACACGUAAUCAACAAAUAAAUUUAACAAAUGAAACACUUUUAUUAUCAUCAUUUGGUUGGUUAAUUAUUGAUGAAAUAUAUUAUGCUGCUUCAUUAGGUGGUUUAAAAGUUGAUGGUUGUAUGGGAAAAGUUCAAGGAAGUAUUAGUUUAUCACAAAGACUUCGAUCUUUACCAUCAACAACUGGUAAUCAAAAUACAAAAAAAUAUGAUGGUUCAUUAAUAGUACAAAUUGGUUCAACAUCACUUUCUUUAAAAGAAACUCUAUCAACUUCUACUGAUAAUCUUUCAAUAAUGAAUCCUUCGAAUAUUAAUCCAACAUCUUCUAAUAUACCACCACCAUCAUCAUCAACAACUCGACAAAUAUCAGUUCUUGAUAUAAUCAUUGGUAAAUCACGAGCAUUAACAUCUCUACAAACUCGUGGUCUUAAUUUAACAUUAAGUGGUGUAACAAAUAUUGGUACUAUAGCUAUGGAUGUACCAUUACGACCACAAGAAGUUCAUGAUCUUGUUAAUCGUGCUGGUCGUUUAAUAACAUCAUAUGUACAAGAAUUUCUUCCUGAUGAUACACAACAAAUAUCACCAACACCAUUAACAACAAAUACAAAUAUUGAAUUAAAUAAUACAAAUUUAAAUGAUACAAUUGAAGAAUCAACUACACCAACACCAUUAGAACGUAUAACAACAAAAAAACGUCUUGAUACACGUCGUAAAACUACAAUAACAUCAAAUAUUAAUCCACGUCCAUUAGAAACUCAACAAAGUAUGUCAUCAUUAUCAAAACAACCUAUAUUUGAAGUACAUAUAACAGCACAUUGUCAAGGAAUGACAUUUUCAACAACACUUUUAUCAACAUUAAAAGCUCAAUAUAAAAUUGGUAUGGUUGAAGGUGUUGCUAAUAUUGGUGGUAUGAUAUCACGUUUUACAGCUAUUGUACAUGAACAUGCAUUACAUUUUUUAAAUAAUAAUAAUAAUGAUAAACAACAACCACCAACUGUUAGUUCUGAUAAUCAUGUACGUAUUGAUUUUCCACAAAUACGUUGUUAUGGAAAUUAUUCUAUACAACAAGAACAAGAAAAUAAAAUAAAAGGACAUUUAAAUCUUCGAACAAAUAUUGAUUUACUUAAAUUAACAAUAACAGCUGAUUUUCUUGCACAAUUAGUUUUUGUUUCAAAAGUUAUUAUACAUGAAAUAAAUGAAAUUCUUUCAAAAGUUUCUGGUUUUGAUCAAUUUAAUUUUAAAACAAAUAAAAAUUUACAUUUAUCAUCAUCAUCAUCAUCAAGAACACAAUUUAUUAAUAAUAAUUUAAAUAAUAUUGAAAAUGAUUAUGAUUAUGAUGAUGAUGAACCAGAAAAAGAUCAACAAACAACAUCAACAACAUUAUUUACAUAUAAAAUUGAUAUAUCAAUGAAAGGUUUUGAAGUUAUUGGACAAACACCAUCAAAUACAAUUGUUAAAUUUGAAAAUGGUGAUAAAAAAAUACCUAUAUUUAUUAAAUUAACUAAUUAUCAUGAACAAAAUUCUUCAUUACUUUAUAAUAAACAAUUAAUUAAUGCUUUAUUAUAUAUUAAACUUAGUUUAGGACAAUUAUUACAUACAGGUGGUUUUCAAGAUGCUGCAUAUUUUAAAACAAAAUUACUUUUAAGAAAUUCAUUUCAAUCUGAUGAUCCUGAUAAAGAAGCUUAUUUUAUUCGUUUAACAAAACCAAGUUUCUAUUGGCAACCUGGUGCUAUUGAUAAAGGAAUUCUUUUUUGGUUAAAUUAUAAAAAUACAUAUGAACAUUGGAAUGAACAACGUGGUGCAUUUACAACACCAACAAGUGAUUCAACACGUUUACGUUCAAUAGUUAAUGUUCCAACAUCUCCAAUAACAACAAAAGAACUUAAUAUGAUGUUUCAAUUACAUAUUGUUGAUUUAGGUAUUGCAAUACCACUUCAACAAUAUGAUCCACCAACAAAAUUAACAACAGAUAAUCUAGGAACACAAUUAAUAAAUUCUCAACAAUCAAUAUCAACAUUAGAUGAAAGUAGUGAUUUUCUUGUAUUUACACUUGAUAAAACAACAAUAUCAGCAUGUUCAUGUGGUGCAAUAAUAAGUUCAGGUUCAUUCGAAGGUUUUUGUUUUCGUUUUGCUGAAAAUUUUCAACAAACAAAUAAAAAUUGGAAACCAACACGUUCAUUAUUAUCAUCAAAUAUUUUAUUAAAUGCAUGUUGUGUACCAAGUGGACAAUAUUUAAUGCAUUCACGUGCAAAAAAUAUUCUUAAUUCAAAUAGUCCUAAAUGGUUUUUAAAUGUUCAAUGGGAUAUGAAAGGUAUUGAUAUAAAUCUUGAUUCAAUUAUUGGUAAACGUUUUUCACAAUUAAUACGUACAAUAACAUCAACACAUUUAAUUGAACCAAUUGAUCAUUUAAAUAAUGAUAAUAAUUUAUCAUUAAAUUCAAAUUUAAUAAAUACACAUGAUAAUAAUACAAUGAAUAUUAUUGAAAAUAUUGAUCAAAGUGAAGAUGAUGAAAGAAUUAAACGAUUAGAAUAUGAACAUUUAAUAUUAGGACAUAAAAUUGAAACAUUAAAACGAUCUCAAGCUUCUGAUGAAAUAUUAAAACCAGAAUUAGCAAGAUAUGAAUGGUUAGAAAAAGAAUUAUUACAUACAGUCAAAUCAGAAAUACAACAAAAAAUGAAAAAACAAUCGAAUAAGCCACCACAACAGCAGCAACAAAUAUUCACCACUCAACAACAAAAUGAAAUAUACCGACGACAAAAUCUAAUAAUGUCGGGUCAUAAUCGUGAUCGAAAUCGAAUUGAUUCACCAAAUCAUAAACGAACAAAAUCACAAGACUAUAAUACAAAUUCACGUCAAUCACCUUCGGACUUAUUAAUAUAUCCAUCAUUAAUUCUUGAAGAUGAUACAGAAAAUCGAACAUCUAAUUCAAAUAGACGUUUUUCUUCACAAGAACCAUCAGCAUUUGAUGAUCAUUAUUCAAUAACAACAAAUACACCAAAUGAAAUAACAUCAGCACCAGCUGUUGAUUUAGAAUUAAAUGUACAAAUUCAAAUAGCUAGUGGUUCAUGUAAUCUCUAUACACGUCGUGAUUUAAUAUCAUCUUUAACAACAAUAAAUCCUUUAAAACAACAACAACAACAACAACAGCAACAAUCACAAAUAAGUUUUGGUUCAAUUGUAAAUAUAAAUAAGAUUGAAUAUCAAGUAUCACAAUUUUCUUUACCUGGUGUUGAUGUUGAUGCACAUUAUAAUUCAAAACAUAAUAAUACAAUAAAUAGUGCAUUAAAUAAACGUGCUAGUUUUUAUUGUCGUGCUAUGGUACAAUCACCAACAACACAAAUAACAAUACAUCCAUUAUUACUUGAUUUUCUUGAACAAACACUUGAACAUGUUACAUUACCAAAAGAACAAGAACGACAAACAAAUUUACAACAAGAACAAAUACAAACAAUUAAUGAACAAAAUUCAGAUAAUGAUCAUUUAAAUACAAUGUUUUUAAUUGAAGAUCAAUCAUCAACAGUAUCAUUUCCAAUUGAUGUUGUUGUUAGUCUUUUUAUUCAACCAUCCGUUCUUCUUUUUACAUGUUUACCAACACAUCCAAUGGAAUGUGAACUUCGUUUACCAACAGUUGAUGUUGUAUUUUCAUCUAAACGUGCAUUACCAGAUAAUAUACCAUCAUCAUCAACAACAACAACACUUGAAAAUGAUACUGAACAAAUUAUUGAAAAUUCUUUAGGUGGUUUAAGUUUUUCACUUUAUAUGAAAGAUUUUAAACUUAAUGUUUAUCAUCCAUUUUCUGGUGAAUCAAAAGUACAUUUAUUUGAAGAUAUACGUUCAGGACAAUUACAAACACGUAAUGCAUUAGCUGUUAGUGUACAAUCUGUUUCAUUUAAUAUAUCACGUACACGUUAUACAUUAAUUGAACAUGAUGGUGAAUUAUUAAAUAGUAUACAAUUAUCAAUUAUUGGACAAAUAUCAAAAGCACAAUUUGAAUAUGAUAUAAGACGUUUUUCAGAAAUUUUAACAUUUCCAAAAAUAUGGUAUAAUCGUUCAUUAGCCCGUCGACUUUUUUUAGGUGAUGAAAAUUUACCAACAAGAAUACCAUCAUCAAAUACAAUAACACGACCAAUACUACCAAUUACAAUUAAAACAACAACAAAUAAACAAUUACGUAAAGAAGCUCGUGUACUUGUAGCUAUACAAUUAAAAGAAUUACAAAUAUCUAUGCGUAUGUCGAAUGUUAUGGGUAAAGUUGAAUGGAAUACAACAGAUGUUUGUUCAACUGGACGUUUAACAUUAACAAAUGAAGGACAACGAGCAAUUUUCUUUUCAUUAGGUCUUCAAAAAUCUAUAUUUCAAGCAGAACAAGGCAUUGUUGGAGGCAUUAUAAGAUUAAAAAAUCUUAGAACUACAGGUCUUAUUCGUCAAGGUCUUCAUGGUCGUGCACUUUUCAAUGAAUCAUUUCAUGUAUUUGAUCUUUUAACAGAUGCACUUGAAAUGCGUCUUGAUUAUAUGGGUUCACCAACAUUAAUGGGUCGUAUAUGUCAUAUAUUACUUAGAUUAAAAGAUGAUCAUCAUGGAAUACCUGGUAAUGAUAUAACACCACCAUCAACACUUGUACUACUUAAUCUUGAAUGGUCACAAUUACAUUUAAUGAUAACACGUUCAACAACACCAGAUAUAAUAAAAAUGGCUAUGAAAUUAACUGAAUUUUUUAAUGCACAAUUACUUAAUUCAAAAAAUUUAUUAGCAUCAAUACAAUAUGAUUUUCAUGAUGGUAUUAAACGAAAUAAUAUUGAAAAUAAACCUACAAAUGGACAAUCAAAAUAUGAUACAAAUAUAAUUAAACGAUAUAUUGGUAUGCAUGGAGGUGAAUUAAUGUUACAAGGACAUAAUUUAACAUUAAUUGUUUUUCAUGGUUUAAAUUUUAAAUCACGUCAAUGGGCUUUAUUUUCACUUAAUGAACCACAAAUUAAUUUUGUUACUGAUCGAGGAGAAAAAGGAGAUAUUAAUCAAAAAUUAUUCUUCUAUUUGGGUCAUCAAGGACAAACAAUGCCAUCUAGUCUUAAAUCUCGUACAAAUAUGGCUUCUAUAUCUAAAGUUACAAGAAAUAGUAAUGAAGCACCAUCACAUUUAACCAUUAAUGAAUGGUUUAAUUAUGCUAGUUCAACCAUUUCUGCUGUUGGUCUACGUGAUUUUCCAAGUAUGGAUGAUGUUCCAAAUCCAAUACCAACAAGUAAAGUACGUUCAAAACAAUUUGAACAAAAUGCUGAAUCAAUAUUUAUUCUUCCCGGUCUUGAAUUAAGUUUUCAAACACGUCAAUUAAAUGGAGAAAUAUAUUGUAGUUUUGAAACAGAAUUUUAUGAACAUAUUAUGUUUACAUUUAAUGCUGAACAUUUUUAUUUUUUACAUGAUCUUAUUUCAUCUUAUAUUAAAGAAAAAGAAAAAGCUUUAACAGCAACAACAAAUGAUAAACCUCGACAACGAACAACAGCACCACCACCACCGUCAUCAUCGACAACACCUUCAAAUCCAGUUGAUAUUCAAACAUUAACAUCAUUUGAUGAACCUCCAAGUAAUGAUAUACGUCGUUUUCAUUGUCCAGAUACGAAAUGGAAAUUACAACCAACAAUAAAACUUCUAACUGCAUAUGGAAAUGAAGUUGAACCAUUUGGUGCUGAUUAUAUUUUACAAAAAUUAGGUUUUCGUCAUGCACGUUUAACAAUACCAAAAUGGCUUCAACGUGGUAUUAUGGAUCCAUGUGAACAAUCGAUGACUGUUGUACAAUUAUUUCUUAUAUUCCUUUUACCAGAACGUUUUAAAGAAAUAUGUAUGAGACAAUAA